GAUAACAUAUAAAAUGGCGCCUAAUUUGAUUGAUGCAUUUUAAAGAGACAUUCCUGAGUUUGCUGCAUUAAAAAAAAGAUGAAAACCCCCCGAAUUACAAUACAGGAUCUGAAUGUGCAAACUGAGUAUGAAAUGUUACGAGUUGAUUAAAUGGGUGUAGUUCUUAUUAACAUUUGUGCAAUAUGCCGAAACACAAGACAGGUGAAAGUGGAAAGGAAUUAUUUGUGGAUGAGAGUCCCAGGUAUUUCCUGAACCCUGAUUCCGUGAGCCGUCACUUGUACUGCUCCAUCUGUCAGGACGUGUUUGCCGAACCGCAGAGGGCACCCUGCGGACACAGUUUCUGUAAAAAGUGUAUCUUACCGUGGCUGAGACACAGCAAGACAUGUCCAGAGGACAGAAAAAGCCUUCAUGCAAAUGAGCUGCACCAUGACUUCAUACUAGAAAACAUUAUUGGCGAUCAAAUGGUUGCGUGUUCGUUCCGUCUGUCUGGGUGUGAGUUUGUGGGUCAGCUACAGCAGCUGUCGAACCAUCAGAGGAAGUGUGACUUCAACCCGAGGAACGUUCCGGACUUCAUCCUCAAGAGCAGCUCUCCACACGUGGAGGAGGAAAACAUGCAGCUGGAUGAGACCGUCCCGUCUCCAGGGAAACCGUCUCUGAUGAUGCGUCUCUUUCGAUCCGGGGACAGUCAGAAGAAGUUGCUACAUGCUAUGUUUGAUGACAAAGAAAACCAUACAUAAUCAUGAGAUGAAAAGCAUCUGCUGGUUUUCAGAGUUCUGGACAACAAAAACAAUGCAUAAUCAGGAGAUAAAAAACAUAUGUUGGUUUUCGGAGUUCUGGACAACAAAAACAACAUAUAAGCAUGAGAUGAAAAAAUCCUGUUUUUUUCAGAGUUCUGGAUGAAAAAAACAAUAAAUAAGCAUGAAUUGAAAAACAUCUGCUGGUUUUCAGAGUUCUGGACAACAAAAACAAUGCAUAAUCAGGAGAUAAAAAACAUGCUGGUUUUUUUCAGAGUUCUGGAUGGAAAAACAAUACAUAAUCAUGAAUUGAAAAACAUUGGUGGGUUUUUUCUUGACUUCUGAAUAACAAAACAAUACAUAAUCAUGAGAUAAAAACAUCUGAGGGUUUUUGUAGUGCUGGACAAAACAAUACAUAAUCAUGAGAUAAAAACAUCUGAGGGUUUUUGUAGUGCUGGACAAAACAAUACAUAAUCAUGAGAUAAAAACAUCUUGGUUUUUCUGGAAUUCUGGAUAACAAAAAAAUUAAAAAUUAAAAAUAUGUAGGUUUUUUCAGAAUUCCUCGUGACAAAGAAACCAAUAUAUAACCAUGAGAUAAAAAAAUAUAUAGAUUUUUGCAGAAUUCUGGAUGACAAAAAACCACCAAAUAUGUGGUUAAGGACCACACAGGUAUUGAGAGAGGAAACCCACUGUCGCCACUUCAUGGGCUACUCUUUUCAAUUGGCAGCAAGGGAUCUUUUAUAUGCACUAUCCUACAGACAAGAUAGUACAUACCACGGCCUUUGAUAUACCAGUCGUGGUGCACUGGCUGGAACGAGAAAUAGCCCACCGAUGGGGAUCGAUCCCCACUGGGCUGCAUCCCGCCCCUACCGCUAGUUGAUGUCAACCAUGUUUGAUUUAACACAGAGGAAUCUGUUGAUGCCACAUAGGGUUACUCCUGUCAAAACGGCUGCAAGGGAUCUUUUAUACAAACGUUUUCAGUAUUGUGUCGCGAUUUACUAUGCACAUUCUAAAAUGAUAAAUACAGUAGUAGCUGCUACUAAAUUUUCAACUGAUCACCAAAUGUUGUUAAUUAAAUUUGUUUGAAACAACAUGUUGAUGACCUUUAUUAUAGAGUUGUGAGGCACUGGUUGGCAUGGAGAAAAACACCAUGAAGACAAAUUACAAACAUAGUAUGUAACCAAUGUGAUUAAUGGUUUUUGGAUCUCUAUACUUUGUCUUCGUUAGUAAUGUAUCAUUUAUUGAUUUUGUCCAUUUGACUCUUAGUUUGGCUCAUUUUUCUCUUUCCUUGAUGAAGUGAAAAGGUGAGAAAUGGUCAUGUUUCUGAUGUUUUCAACCUUGUCAACGUUUGCACUCUGCUUAAUGUUAAUUUUUCAUGUUUAGUUCUGUUUUGUCACACACUACAAGUUUUAUAUCACUGAAACUUUAUUCAUAGUUGUACAGUAUCUAUGAAUAUUCAUUCCAUUUUUAUUUUUUUUUAAAUGUUAACAACAACUUUAUUAUAAUAAUAAAAUUAUUUUCUUAUUUUUAAUGUAUACAUGCAUUGAGAUAAACAUCUGUGGCCGCAACUAUGAUCAACACUGAAUCAGUUUAUGGUUUGAAAGAAUUCUGCAGAACUAAGUGUCCAGCUUACCACAAAGGCAAUAAAGGAAGCUAAAGCAACUCUGAUGUCAUCAUUAGAGCUAUCACUGACCUCAGAGCUGUGACAACCUGUCAAUUUUUUAACAGCUGCCCUCAAAGCUGUGACAGUCACCCUCAGAGCUGUUACAGUCACCCUCAGAGCUGUGACGGUCGCCCUCAGAGCUGUGACAGUCACCCUCAGAGCUGUGACAGUUGCCCUCGGAGCUGUGACAGUCAUCCCUAGAGCUACGACAGUCACCCUCAGAGCUGGACAGUCGCCCUCAGAGCAGUGACAGUCGCCCUCAGAUCUGUGACAGCCACCCUCAGAACUUACAGCCACCCUCAAAGCUGUGACAGUCACCCUCAGAGCUGUGACAGUCACUUUCAGCUGAUGGUCAUCUUUAGAACUAUGACAGUCACCCUUAGAAUUAUGACAGUCACCCUCAGAAUUGACGGCCACCAUCGGAGAUGUGACAGUCACCCUCAGAUGUGACAUUCACCUCAGAUGUGACAUUCACCCUCAGAAUUGACACACCCUCAGCUGUGACAGUCGCUCUCAGAGAUGUGAGUCCUUGGAGCAGUGACAGCCACCUUGGACACCCCCUCAAAAUAAAAUAAUAACAACGACAAAAAAUAACAAAAUGACAAAACAAUAACAGACAUGUAAAUUAGCUGUUCCACUUCAUUUUACUAUAGAUGGACUUGUGCUGGGCCCAGCAUGUUGAAGCUUGUAACAGUAAACUAAUGUACAUGCAAUUAUUUUCCUAUUCAUUUUGUAUUUUGUACUUUUAUUGCUUGUAAUAUACAUAUAUUCUUU